AUGUAUGAAUCGUACAUCAAGAGCAGUGUGCUGCUCUCAAAGGCAAUCAAAAUUAUUUCCUAUUUUUCACCGAUCACCCUAAUCCUGGCGAGCAUGGUUUUCGGUGCAAUUUACGUGUACAAUAAGCGGCGAGCGCGGCUUGUGAAGCUAAUCGAAAAAAUUCCUGGACCAGCUAGCAUGCCCUUUCUGGGCAACAGCUUGCACAUCAAUGUGGACCACGAUGAAAUUUUCAACCGCAUCAUCUCGAUUCGUAAACUGUACGGACGACAGCAGGGUUUCAGUAGAGCUUGGAACGGUCCCAUGCCGUAUGUGAUUAUCUCCAAAGCUAGUGCGGUAGAGCCCAUUCUCGGCAGCCCGAAGCACAUCGAGAAAAGCAAUGACUACGAAUUUCUGAAACCGUGGCUCGGUACCGGACUGCUCACCAGUCAAGGACCGAAGUGGCACCCGAGACGUAAGAUUCUCACCCCAGCGUUCCAUUUCAAAAUUCUAGACGACUUCGUGGAUAUUUUCCAAGAACAGAGCGCAGUGCUGGUCAAGCGGCUAGAACGGGAGCUCGGCAACGAGACUGGAUUCAAUUGCUUUCCGUACGUUACGCUAUGUGCACUGGAUAUCGUCUGUGAGACCGCUAUGGGACGGCUGGUGAAUGCACAGUUGAACUCCGAUUCCGAUUACGUCAAAGCUGUUUAUCAAAUUGGAGGCAUUGUCCAGAACCGUCAGCAAAAGAUAUGGCUUCAACCGGACGUUAUAUUCAAACGCACAGAGGACUACCGCAACCACCAACGGUGUCUAUCAAUUUUGCACGAGUUUUCAAAUCGGGUAAUCCGUGAACGCAAGGAAGAAAUUCGCAGGCAGAAGAAUGCUAAUCAUAAUUCAAAAGAAGGCAUCCCGGAACAAACCUCAACUCUUGACAGCAACAAUAAUCCCGAAGAGUUUGGUCGUAAGAAACGGUUAGCUUUCCUGGAUCUGCUAAUCGAAGCAUCACAGGACGGUACGGUACUGUCGAAUGAAGACAUCCGCGAAGAAGUGGACACCUUCAUGUUCGAAGGCCACGACACCACAUCGGCAGCAAUUUCCUGGAUCCUGCUGCUACUGGGCGCAGAGCCCACAAUCCAGGAUCGUAUCGUAGAGGAAAUUGAUCACAUCAUGGGCGGAGACCGGGAGCGGUUUCCCACCAUGAACGAGCUGAACGAAAUGAAAUACCUCGAGUGUUGCAUCAAGGAGGGUCUCCGGUUGUACCCGAGCGUGCCGCUGAUCGCCCGCAAGCUGAUCGAAGACGUCCAGAUCGACAACUACACUAUCCCUGCCGGAACGACAGCGAUGAUUGUGGUCUACCAACUGCACCGGAACCCGGAGGUGUUCCCCAAUCCGGACAAAUUCAACCCGGACAACUUCCUGCCGGAGAACUGCCGCGGCCGGCAUCCGUACGCGUACAUUCCGUUCAGUGCCGGCCCGCGCAACUGCAUCGGCCAGAAGUUCGCCGUGCUGGAGGAGAAAUCGAUCAUCUCGGCCGUACUGCGAAAGUACCGCAUCGAGGCGAUCGACCGACGCGAAGAUCUCACCCUGCUGGGGGAGCUUAUCCUGCGACCGAAGGAUGGCUUACGGAUACGGGUCAGACGGCGGGACUAG